AGUGGAGGCUGUAACUUGACCUUGCCUCUUAAUGGCUGAGUGACAAUAAUGCCCCUUCCCACCGGCCCGUCUGCCUCUGUGUUGUGUCUAUUUAUAAUGUCCAGACACAGUGCAGAGGUUAUUCCGAGGUGCCAGCAAACACAAGAUGACAGGCACAGAGGAACAAAGGUGAUGUUGUAUGAAACCGGUCCCAGAUCAUCCUAUGCUUUUGUCCAUAAACCAUGAUGGUGAGGAGCAGAAAGACGAGAGUGGGGCAGCAUGAGCAUUGUGACAAGUGUUACAACCUCCACUGUCAAGUUUCAGUGCAGAUUUCCGUGUCAUGCAUGGUAAUCAAGUGUCAUAAAAACUGUGGCGCCUCCCUCCACAUGUGCAAAGAAGACGAGCACCGGCUUCUCUGUCCUAAUGAGACAGUCCGCUGCCUCAACGCCCACUAUGGCUGCCCUCUCACCAUGCAGCGCCACCGGCUCGCCAAACACCUGGAGGUCUGUCCUGCCAGUGUUGUCAGCUGCUCUCAGGAGUGGAACCGUUGGCCUAUUUCAGACACAGACCGAGCCUUCUACAGAAAUGUUUCAGAAAACCCACAAGCAAAGCUGGACCUCGACACUGCUAUAGCUCUCAGGGACCAAGAGCUGCUAUUCCGAUCCAUCAAAAUGAAGAACAUUUUUCCUGAAUUGAUGGUGGAGGAUUCUGCCCCUCAGGCUACGAGUGCUGGGGUUAACAGUCCAGCAGGUGAAGGAGCCUGUUCUGUAGAUUAUGUUGAAUUUGCAGAAAAUGGCUGCAGUGUAAUAGAGGGAAAAGAAUUGAGUAAAGAGGAGAGAGACGCCUUGGCAAGGAGCAGGGAUGUAGAGAAUAUUCAGAACUACAGCUCCUGGGAGAGAAUAUUCAAGAAGGAGAUGGAGGGAUGCAAGGAAACUGUCAAAAAUCUGAAAAGGUUGGACGAAAAAGUUGAAGAAAAAGAAGAGCAAGAAUCACAGAACUGUCAGAGAGAGACAAGAGACUCUCACCAGGGCCAAGAAACUGCUGCUGCAGCUCCAGACAUGAUUGGUGCGACUGGCCUUGCGCCAUGGGAAGAUGGAGUCCUUGAGCGGCUCGGAAAAGAAGUCAAUAUUGCUGAAUAUAACAUGUAUCUGGCGCACAAUGGGGCAAUGCUCAUCAACUUUGGACAACUUGCAGCUUGCACUCCGAGGGAAAAAGAUUUUGUUUAUGGCAACCUGGAGCCGAUUGAGAUUAAAACUAUCCGAUCUUUUAAUGUUCCUAAAAGCUAUCGAGUAAAACGCAAUUAUACGAAAGACCCUUCAUGCAAAGCUAAGUCCGUACACCAAAGCGUAGACACUGCUGAUUUGGGCGUGUCGCUUGAGGAUCUUCCAAAAUGCGACGAAAUUAGCGCCACACUCCUUUGCUCACUGGAAAAAGAACUCAAAGGGCAUUUAAUCUCCCAGGGCUCGUCUACAGAUGGACUUUACAUAGACGUCGGAACGCAGACGUAUAACUUUGCCUCAGCUCCAUUCAAAACCAACGCGUCGCUUGCUGAUGUUGUCGCAGAUAAACCACUUGGGCUUUAUGUAAAUACUGAAGCUGAAUCUGUCACUAGAAGACACAACAAAUUCAGCUCAGCCUUCAGUUACAUGUGUGGCCACUUCUUUCGCCGGGAUGAGUAUUGCUCUCAUUUCAGGAAUGUGCACUCUGACAUCCAGGCCGGUUUGAACGGCUGGUUCCAACAACGCUGCCCCUUAGCAUACCUUGGCUGCACUUUCACCCAGACCAGGUUUCACCCCUCAGGUCACCGAGGUACAAUCAAAUACUGCCAGGACGUCAACACCCUCGUCCUCCAGCCAGAAGUGCCUUCAUCCCUCCUGUGUGAGAGCGAGAAAACCUUCAGAAAUCUUGGCUGUAAUAUGGAUCACCUGAGCAGCUUGCCCCUGGAGAUCCUUCAACACAUUGCCGGUUACCUUGACAGUUUUACAUUAUCCCAGCUGUCCCAGGUCUCCCAUCUGAUGAGAGAUGUCUGCAGCACAUUGUUGCAGGAAAGAGGGAUGGUUUCUCUCAAGUGGGAGAAAAAGACAUAUUCUCAUGGGGGGAGUUCCUGGAGGUGUCGAAAGAAAGUUUGGGAGUUCAGCUUUGUGUUUUCCACCGUGGACACAUGGAACUUCAGCAAUAUUCGCUCCAUGUCGGAUCAUCUAAAAACCUGUCCCUUCUACCAGAGAGAGGAGAGGACCCAGCCGACGGCGUUAGCCUGCCUGGGAGAGGUCAGAGACAAGCAGGGAGAUGAAGUAAAGCAUAGAAGAUGAAGCCCAUGGUCCCUGAGCGCAGUGGGCGGACCGCAAAACACCAGCAACGCCAUGUUUAGAAUCGCUGAGACGUGACACAUGGACGCCCACCAUACUGUAAAUCCUCCACAUGUGCAGCUGCUGCGUCCAAUCAGGAGGCAAUUCACAACUGCGCCCAACAAAACACAGCACUUUUUGGCCUACAUCGAUUUAAUCCACAAAGACCCAGAGCUAUUUUUAUAUCGGGUCCCAAAUGAAUUUUUC